AUGUUAAAUUCAGUUUUAAAAGUUAAGAGAAUCGUGCCAGAAUCGACACCAUUGAAUGAACUGUCAGUAGAACUAUCAUCAAUCUGUCACUGUCAAUUCUGUCAAUAUAUUGAAACUGCACGUGGGAAUCUAAUAUUCAUAAAUAUUAAAGCAGGUUUUACUGAUUGUGAUACAAUGGCUACGACAUCUUUGGCCGAGCAGCUUCAGAAGCUGUCAGCACCCCAGUCUUCCAUCUACAAAGAGGACAACAAGAAAGCAUCACUACUAUUUGAUCCUAAGGAAGCCGCUCUCAAAGACCGCGACACAUUUUAUGAGAUCGGUAUAAGUGGACUUAAUGAACUGAUAGCAUUAUAUGAAGGAUUCCGUGUGUAUGAAGCCUCAUUGUUCAGUUUAAAUUCAAAGGACUUUGAAAGAGCUGUUCAGAGUAAAGAGGUUAAUGACCAUCUUGAUCAGACUAUUGAAAAGUUUUUAAUGCAACUGUCUCCAUAUUUCUUGUUGCAGUCAUCACAUAAAGCUUUGGAAUGGCUAGUCAACAGGUAUCACAUACACCAGUACAACCAAAACGCAAUAAUGGCAUUGAUAUUGCCAUAUCACAGUUCAAAAAUCUUUGUCCGCUUUGUACAAAUAAUGGAUAUUAAGUCUACAAACAGAUGGAAUUGGUUGCAGCCAAUCCAGAAAAAUGGAAUACAACUGGGUAAUCAAGUUUGGUAUAAUCAGUGUGCUUCAAACACUGCUACACUGCAAUUUGUUGCUAAAAUGACUUUGAAAUAUGUAAAAGAAUUUGGUAAGAGAUCAUCUCAGUUAAAUACAGUAUUUGCUUUCUUCUGUCAAACUGCCCUAGGUGUCAUAGAGAGCAGCAAACGUGUAUCGGAAGCGAUAAUCAAUGCAAUCUUACCAACUCUGAUAAAGGCUAUUGAUUCUCCGAUUGUUGACUUUAGGUCAUCAGCUUAUAUUAUACUUGGAUUCUUAUUAACUAAAGCCACUUUGAAAAUAGAUACUUUAAAUGAAAUUAUUGGAAAACUGCUUAUAAAUGAAUUCAACAUGACUUACGAUAUGGUCAUAUUGAUUACUAUGUUGUAUAAUUGUCAAACUCAUCUGACAAAAGUUUCUGAUACAAUACUAAAUGAUAUUUCAUUGGACACUAUGAAUAGUUUGUGCGACUUUCUCAAGAAAUGUACAGAGUGUAAACAGAAUAUUCAACCAUUUAUGUUAGCUUUCCUAUCCAGUAUUCUACCAGUUAUUCAGCGUAAUACAGAAAACUUUAAGAGAUUUUGUCAAUUACCUCAGAUACUCAUUGACAAAGUUGACUUAAAACGGCAGCAGCCUGAAACAAUUAUCAAAUGUAUUCUAAAUUCAUUUCGCUUGAAAAAAGUACGUAAUCUUCCUGAUGGCAAUGGAAGCGAUGUUGAAAUCAUUGAUGAAGAAGUUGAAGAUUCAGGAGGGAUAAUGCACUGGUACUCAUGUUUACUGAAAAAUAUGGAGAAAAAAUACCCAGAUGCAUUUGAUAAAGUUAUAAAGCAAGAAAUGACCUCUCAUAAGAGUGAAGCUUCAUCUAAAAGGAGGUUACAACUAUCAAAGGUGCUUGGCUUCAAACCAGCUAUGGCUCAUAGAGUUGGUGAUACAUCUUUGUUUGAAAAUCUCAAUCAUGUAAAUGCUGAACUGAGGGCUGCAGCGGUAAAAUAUAUUUGUAAAGAAUUUUAUGCACUUAAAACUGAGAAUAUUGAUUUUGUAAAGGACUCAAUUGUGAAUAGACUUAAAGACGACAAUAUUGAUGUGGUUGCUGUAGCCUUAGAGAUACCUAAUAAUUAUUUGGAUCAGGUUCUCAAUGAAAUAGAUGUUACUAAUGUUUUUGUCAAUAUUGUAACUAAAAAGUCGAAAAAAUGGAAUUAUGUCAUUAAAGACGCCAUCGUAAAAUUUUGCUCUUUAGAAAUGCUUCCUGUGAAUCAAGAGACUGUAUUAGCAUUAAUACCACAUUUAUUUCCAUAUGACAAAAGUUCAGCACAAGUUACAUGGAGUAUUGUGAAUUCAUCCUGGGGUGAAAAGUUUAAACUCACUGGUUUACUAAAAGAAGAACUUCGUAACCAUAAAGACAACCAUGAAGUACUGAAUCAAAUGAUAUUCAAAGCAUUAUUUGUUGACAGAGUUGUAAACUUUGAUGAUAUACUUGAUGUGAAUCAAGUGGACAAAAAUAACACACUUCAAAUAUAUACCUAUUUUCUUUUGAAAUCCUGCUCAUUUAAAUCUUCCACAAUAGAAGAAAUAACAGAAACACUUAAUUUUCUUCUUGAAUCUGUUGAAGUUGAAGGUAGGUUCAUAAUAGCAAGUUCUGGAGAUGACACUUUUUCAAGCAAAAUCAUGCAAGAGAUGAUCAAGAGUUUUAAACAAAAUGAAAUCUUAUUUGAGGCAGUGGAGUUCAUUUUUUCCAGAAUUAUUGAAGAUAUGGAUGUAAAAAAUCUUCCUAAACCUUGGUGUAAUGUUUGUGAAAGUACAGAAACUAUUCUUGUCAGGAGAAUAUAUGAAAUUUGCAUUACUGGGUGUGCCAUACCUACUUAUGAAAAGAAUUAUGUUAAACUGUUACAUCAAUUAUUAACGAAAUUUUUUAAACAGGGCAGAGAGAGAUGUGAAUUCAUAGCAAAUUUUGGAUGUGGCCAUAUCUUUUAUGCUAGUGAUCCAAAAGACGUCAUUAGCCCAGAGCUUCAACUCAGAAGCUUGAAACUAAUGAAUAAUUUCUUUUCACUUUCAAAUUCAGAUUGGCUUCUUGAAUCUGAUGUUGUCGUAUUAACAAUUCUGUUUAAUUUGAACAAUCCUAUUCAAGCUAUUCGCCAAACUGCUGUAGAUUUAAUAAAUAAUCUCCUAAGGUUUGAUCCUGAUAAAAACAAAAUAUAUGUACAGCUGAUGAAAGAGCUGAUAGAACAUAAAGAAGAGCUUUUAUUAGAUCAUGAGCAAAUUCCACAAGUUUUAAAUACUAUUCUGUCUCAAACUUCACCAGUUAAGAAAAUAUUCAGAAAGAAUUGUAUUAUUAAAUUUUCAAAUAUUUUAACCUCUGAUACACCUCCAUUUAUCACUUCAAGAUUUUUAAAAUUGUUAUACAAUAUUAACAGUGCAAAUACAUACUUAUCUUUUGUAACAACUCUAAAUUCGUUGGAAAAGAAGUUAGCAGCAAGUGAGCUUAAUCAAAAAUUUACAUUCAAUAUUUAUGAAUCUAAUUUGUUUAAAAACUUUUACAAUCUAAUAAAUGAGUCAACUGUUACCACUUUUAAUAAAGAACAAGUUUGGCGUUCUAUAGAAUUGGGGUUGAAAGAAUACAGGGAAUGUAUUUUAGUUGAAAAUGAAACUUUCACGAGUCCAAGUGUUUUGAUUAUGAAACAACUUGAUGAAGACGUAUUAAAAAAAGUGCCCACUGACAAAACUGCAAGUUUAGUUCGUUUGAUAGCGUCUGCCGGUACGUUCAGUAAUAAUCCAACUAUUUGUAGUGUAGCUGCUAAAACAAUAAAGAAGAUGAAUUUAUCUCUAAAGAACUUUAAACCAAUAUUAGAAAAUAUGUUGAAUGCUGUAGAUCCGGCGGAAAAGGGGCAGAAGACGAAAAAGUCCACAAUGACAAUGCUUUCUUUCCAACUAACUGAAACUGAUGAAUGGAAAUUAGGAGUAACUCUUCUGGAAUAUGUCCAAAGUAAGAAAAAAUUGUCAGUGGACAACACAUUUGUGUUCCUCCUGUUUGAACUGCUGAAUAAAUGCUUGAGAUUUGAAGAGCAAUCGUACGUGGAAUACACUAAGCAACUCAUUCUUUCUUCUCUAUGGUAUUAUUGUAAAAAAUUUGUUAACAACACUGAUAAAGAGCAAAUAAGAUCUCUCAAAUCCAAUUUCAAGGUGGACCUUGUGGUUCAGUGCAUUAGAGGAACUCAGAAUCCACAAACACAAAAUCACGCAUUGAUGCUUUUAUCACACGCUGCUUAUAUGUUACCAGAACAGGUACUUCAUCAUACAAUGGAAGUAUUUACGUUUAUGGGUUCAUCGGUUCUCCGGCAUGAUGAUGCUUAUAGUUUCCAAAUUAUCGUCAAAAUAAUAGAAACUUUAAUUCCAAUUAUUGUAAAACUAGAUAAAGAUAUACAAGAAUGCACAGCAAAGGAGCUUCAACAACUACAAAAUCGUGUUGUACCAGUUUUGAGAAUAUUUGCCGACGUUGUUUUGCACGUGCCUGAACACAGAAGACUUCCGUUAUACACUAAGUUGGUAGAAACUUUAGGACCUAAUCAUUUCCUCUGGGUUUUCUUGGCUCUAUUGUUGGAAACACAUGUUACUCACUUUAAUGACGACAAAAAAAAAGACAAAAUGCACAACAGGACUUUAGCCAAUCAAGAAUCACCCAUGAAUAGGUUGGACUUUGGUCAAAAUAUUCUUCUUGAAUUUCCCCCUGAAAUUUGUUUUGAAAAUUUGAUUAAACUCAUGGGUUACAUUAAAACAUUGCCAGUACAAAAAGACGAAAAAUCUAUGGACACUGAUGUCGAUCCAACUGAUAUAUUUAGCGUUAAUGGCCACAGUGCUGUUCAACUGCGACAGUACAAGUAUACAGUUAUUACAUUCAUGAAUAGCUGUUUGGAAUCUUCCAGAUUUAUAUACCAUAAUAGUCAAGCGACUGACGCCAAAGUCAUGGAAGAUCAUUACAAGACGUUUAUUAUCAACAUAUUGACAUAUAUUCAGAGUAUUUCUAAAAUCAGCGACGAAAAGACUUCCAAGUAUUGGCGAGUGAUGUUACACCAUAGUUACGAUCUUUUAGAUCACACUAAUAAUUUAUUAUCAGCCCCAAUGUUCCUAUCCGUCGUGAAAGGACUGCUGAAACAUACACUGCACGCAGUACGACGUAAAUCUAUGGAGUUAUUGAAUACAAAAUUAAGCUCUGAGAUAUUUGACGAUGUAGACAAAGAAUUGUUAUGUUCACUACUGCCCCCUCUGAUGGGUAUCAUCAAGACUAUUGAAAGUAAAGACGAGAAUGUUACUGAAAUUACUGCCCAUGAAAUUGAAUUAAAUCAACAAACAGCUCUGUUGUCUUUAAAGUUACUCACAAGAAAGUUGGCAUCUGAAAACCCUGAGCCAUUCAAACCCGUUUUGGAGACCGUCACGGAUUACACAUGUAACUCCAACAUAACUGGAAAUGUAAUGGCUUCAAUAGUGUUAUGUUUAGCGGAGCUUUGCAGUAAUCUGAAAGCUUAUGCACUCUCAAGUCUUAGGAAAUUCAUGCCAGCGCUUAUUAAGGUACUCAAAAAGCAGAGAAAGGCGGAAACUCCCGAACUCGUUCUUCUCAGCACUGUUACAGCGAUAUCUAAAAUAGUUGAAAGCGUGCCAUUAUUCCUUAGUCCAUAUUUACAUAAAAUAUUGUAUGAGUAUGCAAUAUUAUCAGCUAAGUGGCAAACGUCUGAUCAGGAAUGCAGUAAAGUUUCAGCUGUCGUUAAUAAAUUGAUACAUAUAAGGAUGAAGAUUGCAAGCGCUGUACCACCCAGGGUUUUGAUACCUAUUGCUAACGAGACAUACCGUUUACUAUUGGAGAAGGAAAAUUUUGAUGCUGUUGGACCAAUAAUGUCAGUGUUAGCCGAAUGCUUCGUAAAUGUGACAACUGCUGACUUCAUGGCAUUGCGGCAAGACCUGACGACUUUCUUCCUAUCAGCUUUGCAAUUACGAAGUGAAGCAGUUGAUAAGAAUGUGGAUAUGGCAGUCAUUGACAAAGCAGAGGACGAAGUCGUAAACGCUCUUGUUCGUUUGGUUCUAAAGCUUUCGGAAACGAGCUUCAGACCAUUUUACUUUAAAAUUUAUGAUUGGGCAAUCAGAACUAACGUUGAAGGCCAAAAAGACAGGGCUAUUACGUUUUACAGAUUGAGUAGUGCAAUUGCUGAUCAACUGAAAGGCCUAUUUGUACUUUUUGCUGGACAUUUCAUGAAGAAUGCCUCAGAACUAUUGGAUUCUUGCAAUAACAGCAAAAAUGAAGAUCUCUUCUUUGAUUCUGAGGAUAAAUGCUUGGAACUCGUCAAGUACAUAAUAAAAACUCUUCACAUAGUAUUUUUAUAUGAUAACCAAAAUUUCUUGAACAAGGAAAAGUUUGAAACUCUAAUGCAGCCAGUAGUGGAUCAAUUGCAGAAUACUUUGGGUUCGAUUCAGUCACUUAAGACGAGGGCUACAGAGUUGUUAAUCCCUUGCAUUUCGCAAUUCGCUGUUGCCACUCAAGAUGACUCGCUGUGGAAGUUGUUGAAUUACCAAAUACUACUGAAGACGAAACAUAAUGAUGCCGACAUAAGAUUGAUCGCCCUGGAUUGUUUGGUGGCAAUGGCGACGCAACUCGGUAGCAGUUGGCUGCCACUCCUGGCAGAGAGCGUGCCCUUCCUCGCUGAACUUCUAGAAGACGGCGACCAGAGAAUAGAGACGUCAACGAAAGAAGCUAUCAGAAAGCUCGAGCAGAUUCUUGGAGAACCCCUCGAGAAAUACUUUUAG